AUGUUCCCAUCUUUCGAUCAACAAUAUCCAACUGGCUAUACAUAUGGCAUUCAACAACCUCAUCAAUAUGGUUAUGGUUUUCAACCACCAUCUAUAUUAGGUCCGAGUUGGUCGGGAGGUAUGGUUAAUGGGCAGAAAAUGCCCUUUCCAUUAGCACCACCACCAUUCUACUAUCCAGUUGAUGCUCCAUCCUGGAAUCAGGAUCAGUCUAAAUAUAAUAAAAAGAAUGGGAAACCAUCAUAUAAUAAUCGAAAUCGAAAUCGAUCAAUAAGUCCACGACGUGGAAAUUUGAAAAAUAAUCGACAACGUAAUGCACCUAAGCAAAGACGUCUAGUUGACUUGAUGCCUGAAACAUGGGCAAAUUUAAAUCAAACAGAAACAGAUUCAGCUGAUGAUUGUAGGCUAUCCAAGACGAUGCCCACCCAGAUGAAUAAUAAUCAAAAUUUCGAUGCAAAAUCGAAGCAAAAGAAAACAUCGAAAAAGGCUCAUAUUAACACGAUUCGAAGGCGAGAAAGGCGUCAGAAGCAUCGAACCUUCAUAUCUAAUAGACAAAACGAAAAAAUAGAUCAAAUCAAUGAUAAUCGUUUCAUUCUUUUGUCGAGAAAAGAUGAUGAUAUGGAAACAGAUGAUUCAGAGGCUGAAACACAUGAUAAUAAUCAAGCACGAGCCAUGAAUAAAAAUAAAUCAUCUAAAACAAGAACACCUACUUCGAACAUCCGAAAAGGGAAUGGUGCCGUUGUUAAACAAACGAACACGACAAACGAAGUAAAACCAGAGCCAACUACCUCAAGAGAACACCAACGUCAAAAUAAACAUGAAAGUGAUGACGCUCCUCCUACUGAACAAGACACAGAUCAUAAUGACGAUGAUGGAUCAUCACCAUCACCUAAAUAUAAACGUAAAUUGAAAUUAUAUUUACAAGAAUAUAAAAUUCUUUCAUUUCUAAAAGUGAAACUAAAUGACAGAAAAAUGAAAGAUUUGAAAGACUCUUUCAAUGAAGUAUACAAGUAUGCGAAGGAUACUCUUCCGACAUACGACAAAUGGAUAUACAAUCAUUAUGAAAGCCAGGUCUGGCAACAUUUCUAUGAACUAGGAAAGAAUAAAGCCCAUUGGGCUAAAGAAAUUGUUGAUAAAACACAUACUCGAGACGAUAAGAGAAAUCUAUCAAUAUGUGAAAAUAAAAUAUCACAAUUCACAUCCGCGUGCAUAGAUGCGAAUGAUAUCAUAACUCGAGCCAUCGAGAAGCUCUCUUCUAAUCACAAUAUGCAAGCAAUAGUUCAUGCUCCUAAAAAAGUACAUGAUCUAAUGCUUGAUUAUAUAAAAGAAUCCACAACAGGAUUAAUGAAAGUGAGCAAUAUUAGGAUACGUCGCGCAUCUUUGGAAAAAGAUGAAUGGACUGCAUUGAAGGCAUUUGAAAACAUAGCAACUGAACAACAGAAAAUAUAUGCUAAUACCUUCUGUAGACCAGCUUUAAAAGCCUACCAUAAAAAGAAGAAAAACUUCGAACUGGUAGCAGCUCAUAUCUCACAUGAUAUCAUACCGAAAACCUUACCACAGUACGCUUUUUCUCUUCCAAUGGAUGAAUCUUCACUAUCAGCCGAAGAAAUCCUAAGAAAUAAGAAAAGCAUAGAAGAAUUAUCAAAAGAUUUUCGUGUGAAAGCAACACAAUUACUAUUAAAAGUUGCCAAAGGUGAAUAUGACUUUCAGAACGAAAGAUUAGAUAGACUUCUAAAAGAUUUCCCAGCAGAUGCAUAUGAUGUGCCGUUGACACAAGAACAGCAGGCUACAGUCGAUAAUGAAGUCGAUAAAUAUGAGGAUGACGAAGAUGAUGAGGAAAAUCAUCGAGGCCUCACACAAAAAGUACGAACACAAAUAGAUAUAAAUAAUGUGAAUAGAAUUGAAUCGAAAGGUUCAGAGAUGUUUACAGAAUAG